AUGGCUAUUUUACAUGGAUCCCCGUUGGGCCCCGCAAGCAGGUCUGCAGCGUUGCUGGGUGGGAGAUAGCUCCAGCCACGAGCCUGGCUGGUUCCUGACGGCUGGGGCCUCCCCAACCCUCAGCAGGCCCGGGGCAAGGCUUGCAGGAAUGAGUAUCAGCUGAGCAACACCAAACGCAAGCACAAGCACGACUGGACCCGGUGCCUGAGCAUGCUGGCCGGCGUCCAAGUCACGCUUCGCCAAAUGUUCAAGGGCUGCAAGUCGCUGAGCCAUUGA